GAGGGUAAAGUGAUAUCCAGCCAAAGUGAAGGGGGUAAAAUGGAAUUUACCCUUAGAAUUACUAAUUUCCCGACUCUCUCUCUAACAGCAGUCAUCGACCUUUCUUUCUCCCCACCACCACCCGCGCCUUCUCCGACGACCACGACCACCAGUGCCUCCCGAUUCUCCGACGACCAUCUUCACUAGCGAAUCUCGGCUCUCCGACGACCACCACCACCACCAGCGCCUCCCAAUUCUCCGACCACCACCACCACUUGCGCCUCCCGAUUCUCCAACCACCACCAUCGUCACCAGGCCUCCCGGCUCUCUGAAGACCACCACCACCAGCGCCUCCCGGCUCUGCGACGACCACCACCAACGUAUUUGUAAUGCGCCGAUUAAGAUGCCUUGCGUUUUCCCUGAAUAAAUUUCAGCACACAAUUUCUGUACAAUCAUCCAAUGCCGUCAUAUGCGGGGAGGUUUACCAAAUUCAACGGGCAUUCAUCCAUUCUCGAACAGCCAUUCCUUGUUACAAUUAUAUGGGGAAACAUGUUGGUUUGGCUCCUUAUCAGCUGCUAUCAUCAUCUAAACGCUUUGUCCACGCCACAGGAGAUCGUUUUUCUUUGGAACAUGAUUACUAUGAGAUUCUCGGCAUUUCUAAGGAUUCCAAUCGGGAUGAAAUUAAGAAGGCUUUUCAUGGUCUUGCUAAGAAGUACCAUCCUGAUGCCAACAAGAAUAAUCCUUCUGCAAAGAGGAAAUUUCAAGAGAUAAGAGAUGCGUAUGAGAUUUUGCAAGAUCCUGAAAAGAAGAAACAGUAUGACAAGAUGAGAGAUAGUUCAAGAAAGACUAACAAUGCCGAACAUCGAAGCCGGGACUGGGAUCACUUCAGAGGCAGAGAUGCUCACGGAGCUCAGUUCUCUGAUUCAUUUCACAAAAUCUUUUCUGAGAUUUUUGAAAAUGAUAGCGAAUAUCUGGGUCGUGAUAUUCAGGUGGAUCUUAUGCUAACAUUUCCUGAAGCUGCAAAAGGAUGCACAAAAGAUUUGUCGUUCGAUGCAGAUGUGCCAUGCGAUUCUUGCUAUGGUCGAGGCCAUCCGUUAGACGUUGAGACAAAAAAUUGUCCUAUUUGUAAAGGCAUCGGAAGAGUAACUAUACCGCCAUUUACCACAACCUGCAGUAGUUGUAAAGGGUUUGGACGAAUUGUUAAGGAAUACUGUUUGGCAUGCAAAGGAUCAGGGGUGUGCGCAGGAGUGAGGGAAGUUAAAGUAACUAUACCAGCAGGUGUGGAUUCUGGUGAUACCAUUCGUGUACCAAAAGCUGGUAACUCUGGUGGAUGGGGAAGGUCUUCUGGCAACCUGUUUAUAAAGCUAAAGGUAGCAGAAGAUCAUAUAUUUUCGCGACAAGGUGCUGACCUUUAUGUGGACUCUCAUAUUAGCUUUACACAAGCCAUUCUUGGCGGUAGCGUUGAUGUAUCUACACUUUCUGGGAUGAUGCAACUGCGAAUACCCAAGGGGGUUCAACAUGGGCAAUUGGUAUUGCUAAGAGGCAAAGGAUUACCAAAGAGUGGUUUUUUAUCCAACCAUGGAGAUCAGUACGUGCGCUUCUGCAUAAAAUUUCCUUCUACUGUAACUGAAAGACAACGUGCUAUACUAGAGGAAUUUGAGGAGGGACUAGUUGACGAAAAUAACGCAUCUACCGAAGGCAGUUGGUGGCAGUAUUGGGUUAAUAAACAAGCGACUGGACCUAAGUUGUUAAUUGAGAUCUCAAUAUUGAUCUUAAUAUUCCUCUUCAUCAACUUAUUAGUCGUAUAAAAGGACCACUGCAUGUCGAGUGUACAGAGGCUCUGAUUGGUGAAUGGAUCGGCGCUGAUUUCAUCAACUGAUAUGCAGAAGAUACAUUCAAUCGACAUUUUGCGUCCCCUUCAAAUCAGAUGCUGGGAGACAAGUUUUUAUGAUCAGUGACACAAUUUUGACGGCCCCUUGAACAUAAUUUAACCUCGUAAAUAUUUAUAGAUGUUCAUCUUCGAUUCAUUUUAUCUUCUUUUCUUUUAUGGGUUGAUUGAUUAUACAUACAUGUGCGUUGCAGUUGAAGCUAUAAUUAUUUGGUCUCACAAAGUUUCAAGAUUGCAAUAUACUAACACAAUGAUGUACUUUGCAAUGGAGUGACAAACAUUUUUUUCUUUUGUUGUUUUGUAUUGUUUUGGUAAUGAUGACUUUUGAAUUGUUUUGUA